AUGCUGGCCAUAUCGGCCGUCUUUCUAGCUCUAUCUGCCGUUACAGUCAUUCUCAGAGUAUAUGUUAGAGGAUGGAUGAUUCGCUCUUUUGGAUGGGAUGAUUGGCUUAUGAUGGUGACAUGGGCCUUGUUCGCCAUGACAACUUCUCUGUUGAUGAGCAUCGCGCUUUCUGAGAUCAACCCGCCAGGUGUUGCUGACCAAGACACAGUCAAUGGUAUUCUGACAUUGGUCGUCUGCAUAUUUGGACUUUACAUCUUGACUACCGUCAUCUUCAAGCUUAGUCUGGCCGUCUUCUUUCUGCGUGUCGUGAAUCAGCGCUGGCAACGUCAAGUCAUCAUCGGAUCAGUGACACUCUACACUCUUUUCGGCACCGCAUGGCUCUUUGUCGCAAUCUUCCAAUGUGGCAGCCCAGCGAAUUAUGGAGCGAAUGAAGCAGCAGGCAAAUGUUUGCCGUUCCAGACUGUACUUCGUCCGCUCAACUACACCCAUGGAGUCCUAAAUGCUGUUACCGACUGGAUCUUCGCCAUCAUCCCCAUCUUCGUCGUCAGAUCUGCGCAAAUGCACAGGCAGCAGAAGAUCACGGUCUGCACUAUCCUCGGCCUCGGUGUUCUCGGCAGCAUCUGCUCCAUUGUUCGUCUGGCCUACGUGGAUGUCAUCGGCGUCAAACUCGAAGACCUUCUUAUCUCGGCACCCAACUUCGCCAUCGUCAGUAUCGUCGAACUCGGUCUCGGUAUCACCGCCGCUUGCCUCGCAACCCUACGCCCUCUUUUCGCCUUCUGGUUCGACAAAGCACGUACCGGUAUUUCAUCCUCUCGGAGUGGAAGAAAUACCAAGACCGGGCCCGUCGGACUCGAUGGCAGCAAGGGCAUGAUGGGAGUCUCUGGUUCAUACGUCACUUCCGGCCACAACAUGGGUCACAAAGACGAUGGUGUUGUCACUGUAACCAGAGAGUUGCAGAUUUACACCAACAGACCCUCCAACGCCGGCGAGACGAUGGAGAUGCACAAUCUUUCGCCAGACCGAACCCGUUCAGGCCAGAGAUCAAGGAGUCAAUCUAGUGAAGAAUCUCUACUGGAAGUCGUCUAA